AAUUCAGAAUCUUUGCAAAUUUCCAUCAAUGAAGUACUAUAAAAUAAAUAAUUGUUGCAUAUCCACACAAACACAUUCAAUCAAGAAAAAACAAACUUGAAUGUACAACUAUAGCCCAAAUAGAAAACGUUUAUUAUUGCUAAGGGUUCAAAAUGUAAGCAAAGCGAAUGAAAACAGAAAUGCAGAAUGACAGGUCCUGAAUCAGAUGCAAGCAAUGACUUCCAAACAGCAAGUGCAGGAGAGGCGACCAAAAAGGAUGGGAACAAGUCCAAUGCUGAAAUUGCUGGAAAAGAAAAAUGAAAAAGAUACAGCCUUUGUACUUCUGGCCAGUAUGUCCUCCAAAAAGGAUUAUUUGCGCUAUGUUGUGCUUCAUUUUAUUGAGCACAAUGAAGUUGAGGUGGCUCCAUCCAGCUGGUUGGAGUUAAAUAAUGAGGUAUUGUAUUGCUACUGGCCUCACGUGAACGCUGGUAUUAUGGUAAAAAAAUGUGCCAUCCCAGACAAGAAGCUAUGGUCAAAACAUCAAGUCAGAAUAUUUUCUGACACAGAUAAUUAUGGUCUCGCAAGGUUUUGGGCAAGAAAGGCCCAAGAAACGUCGCAUGUUGAGGACUCUGAUGAGAAUAGGGGGAGAAAAGUCAUUCCCCCUAGACGAUUUAGAGAGGAAGAAGUCUUGCCCAGCCAGCCCAGAUGGGCAAAACAGGCUCAAAGCUUUCAUGAGAAUGGUGGGUCAGAUCUCAAGCUGUUGAGACUGAUGAAGUUCAAUCUUCUUCAACACUCCAACCACAGUCCAGUUCUACAAGCCAGCAGAUUCAAGCUAUUUGAUGGCUUGGAGAGGAGAAUACUGCUGAAACUUGACCAAAUCCAUGCCGAUAUUAAAACAGCUAUUGGACUGCAGUCUGUGAACCAGCAAAGCACCUCUGCCUUGGACCAAUUCGAGGUGCUAGAGGAGCCUUGCAAGUCAGUGGAGGAAUUGGAAGAGCUGUGCGAAAAGCUGAAAGCUGUUGAGUUUCGCAAGAUUGUAUGUGCUGAAAAAAUGCUGUUUUAUGUUAUGCUGCAAUUUCUUGGCACUGUUCUUUGA